AUGAGGUGUUCGAGCGACGCCAGACCCCCAUCCGGGAUGGAUCAAUAUUGGUUGAGUGGAGGGACGUCGGACGAGCGCAAUAAGUCCUUCAGGAUGGGCGGCGAAGUGCUGGUGAUGGAAGAAGCCUAUGCCCAUGCACUUUCUCCUCGUUUCUUCGCCACUCAUUGCCUUCAUUGUCUUCAAUCACCUUCACUCCAAUACCUGCCUUGCUUUCGAUGCGCCACCGUAUGCUUCUGCUGCGAGGAGUGUCGCGAGGAAGCCUGGAGAACCUACCAUAAAUACGAAUGUCCGACGCUGAGUCUGCUCGUCGAUGAAGAGAUCGGGUGCAUGGCCCUUCUUGCAUUCAGGGUCGUCUUAAACGCCGGUCUGCAGCAAAUUCUCUCAUCGGAUGAACCGGCUGAAGAAAAGGAACCUUUCCCAUCGGGGGUCUACGAUCCCCGGAGCCUCUCGGUCGUGAAGCGACUGGUGUCUCACGAAAAAGAGCGACCUGCGGGGGAUCUGUUCAAGCGAACGGUCACGGCGGUGUUUCUUCUCAAUUGCCUGGAAAUCGGCGGGCUCUUCCAGGACGAGGACGGGGAGUCUGCCCAGAACCGGGUGGGGGCUCUCUUGCUGCGUCUGCUCCAGAGUCUCUCAUGCAACGCCUACGAGAUUUCCGAACUGUGGGUGAGAAACGAGGAAGUUUCGAGAGGUGAAAGGGUUCAGAUCGGCGGUGCCGUGUAUCCGACCGUGAGUCUUCUCAACCAUUCUUGCGAUCCGAACGUGAUUCGAAUCAGCCACGGGUCGUCCUGCGCCGUGGUCGCGAUUCAACCCAUCCAACCCGGGCACGAAAUUUUGGACAAUUACGGAUACGUUUUCCAUUCCAACGAAUUCAAGUCGAGGCAAGAAACUCUGCAGAGACAAUAUUUUUUUCGCUGCACCUGCAGGGCCUGCGAGGAGAAAUGGCCAUUGCUGGAAAACUUGCAGGUCGCGUCGGGGAUUUCCCACAGAUGUCCUCGAUGCCUCGUGGACCUGAGCAAGAAGGUCAAGAAAUGCCCCAAGUGCGGCAAGGAGUACAACGCCCGCAAAGCGGAAAAGAAAUUCCGAAGCAGCGUGGAUUCGUACCGAGGAAUCUCGGAGAGGCUGUUGCAGAAUAAGGGAGAAUACGAGUGGAGAGAAGCAUUCCCCGUCAUCUCCUCGCACGUGCGGCUCCUCCAUCAAUUCGUGAAGAAACCUUGUAAAGAGCACGUGCGAGCCAUGGCCCUUCUCAAGCAGGCCCUCUACCUCCAAGGAAACGUCAGAGAGAUAAACGCAGCCUGA